UACUCCAUUGUAGAGACAUCCGAGGUGGCCAGCACUCAAGGACUUCUCCUGUUUGUUCAGGCCCUUACUCUAAAACCUCAGGAGCAGCACAGGAAUAUUUUGGCCCACCACCAGAGUUUUAUCCUCCCAAGGAAAGCUUCUCAAUGAAGUGUUCAAAGGUAUGCACAACAAGAGGCAUUUUGAAGUUUGUGGAAAUCAUGGUCAACCUCCUGGUGCUGAUUUGUGUGGGCGCUUCCCAAGCCUCCGUUGCAGGCUUCACGUCCCUUGGAGGCUUUGGAUCCUUUAACCUGAAUUCAGCCUACAGCCCCUUUGAGGGCACGGAGCUGCAGGAGGUGAGGGAGCUGGACAUGCAGUUCACCCAGAUGAGAGCCCCUUGCGUGUACAGCGGAGUGGCCUUCAGCUUAACAGUGGCCACGCUCACCCUCGUCUUCCUCGUCGUGGGGGCAAAGCCCAUCCAGCAGCUCCGGACAGGGCUCCUGGUAGGCGAAUGUGCCUUCAGCCUGCUGGCUGGCCUGGCGUACCUGGCGGCCGUGGGGCUGUACCUGCACUUGGUCAGGCAGGUGAACGCCACCGAGGUGUGCAGGAGGCGCGAGCGGCUCUACGCGCGCCGCGGCUACACCUCCAUGAACUGCGACGUCCAGGGCGGCGACGCGGCCGUCGGCCUCUUCGGGGUCGUCGCUUCCUGCCUGUAUUUUGCCAGCUUUGUGCUCUGCAUCCUUGCUGUCCGCACCGUGCGGGCCUUCCGGAGCCACGCAGCCAAGGCUCAGCACAGCCCCAAGGGCAGCGCUAGAGACAGAAGUGUCAGAAACCACCACGCCGUGCACAGGCCCUCUGAAAGCUCCCACAACGUCCAGGCUCUCGCCACGUUAGUGUGA